UUUAUCCUAACGUCUCUGAAUAUUAAUUGUAAUUUUAAGAUUUGGUCUGGUACUGCUUUUCUGCUCUGCCUGCUGCCAUAAGAUUCAGUGCACCACAACACUGCCUUGAGAUCCUAUCUCUCACCGUUUACAAAACCACAUAUUCAUUCAGUAGUACUGCUACAGUAGUAGUUGACACCUUCAUCGUGAGAGUUUAGUCUCUUUCACAUCACCACCAGGUACCUCUCUUUUUGCCAUAACUCCUUUCCACCUUUUUCUUAAUCAAAAAGUUCAGAAAUUUCUCUUCCCCCACUCAUUCCAUUUUCUGAUAUUUUAUAAUCCUUUUGGAGUUAGGAGAAAUGGAACCCCAGAAAACUCCAUCAAUAGAUGACAGCUUAUUUGAUAUUUUCAAAGAUACGGAGUUUGGGGACCUCCUUUCCAUCUUGGAGAGCCUACAGGACUCGAAAGAUUUUGCCCCCAUCAACGAUAGUGCUGUUAUUAUCAACCCAACUUCGAAAGAAAACGAGCAAAUCGAGUCCCGAAAGGUCUCAAUAUCUUCAAGUGUUCCACAAGAUUCUGAAACGGAGCUUGAAAGCAAGACAAAAAAGCUUAGCCCCACCUUGGCAGAGGAACCACAGAAGGUGUCUCAUAUAACAGUGGAGCGCAACCGAAGAAAACAAAUGAAUUACAACUUGUCCGUAUUGAGAUCACUUUUGCCUUCCUUCUAUGCCAAACGGGGAGACCAAGCAUCAAUAAUUGAAGGUGUGGUUGAUUACAUCAACGAGUUGCAACAGCUGCUACAGUGCCUAGAGGCCAAAAAACAAAGAAAAGUUUACAGUGAUGUACUAAGCCCUAGGCUACUUUCAAGCACAAGGCCUUCACCACUAAGCCCUAGAAAACCACCCUUGAGCCCUAGAAUAAACCUACCCAUUAGCCCAAGGACUCCACAGCCUGGCAGCCCUUACAAACCAAGUUACCUUUCUCCAACUAUACCCAACUCUCCUACUUCUUCGGCUUCUUCUUCAAUCAACGAUAAUAUCAAAGAGCUUGUUGCCAAUUCCAAGUCUGUUAUCGCCGAUGUUGAGGUCAAGUUUUCAGGUCCACAUCUUCUUCUCAAGACAGUUUCACCACCAAUUCCUGGACAGGCUCUCAGAAUAAUAUCAGCCCUUGAAGACCUAGCACUUGAAAUCCUCCAUGUCAACAUCAACAUUGCUGAUGAAACCAUGCUCAACUCUUUCACUAUUAAGAUUGGAAUUGAAUGCCAACUCAGUGCCGAAGAACUCGCUCAACAAAUCCAGCAAACAUUCUACUAAAGAUGGCUUCCACACUCCAGAAAGAGCAUCUGACCUCACCCUUCCCCUUUUUAGUGUGUUGUUUGUACGUACGUAGCUGCAAUAUAGUAGACAACAUGGGGAACAUCCAUUUAAUUAGUCUCUAUCAUUUUAGUUCGUUUUCUUUCUUUUCAUUAACUAAUUACACUUAAUUUUAAUUACUUUAAUUGCUUAUUUGUGUCUUGUAUGUUACCCUACUGUGUAAUCAAGCACUGUGCCAAGCUUUCAUUUCUCUCUGAA